UAAUUUUCUUCCCAUAAUAAAAAAAAGUCUCAGCUGUUUUUUCCGGAGAGAGAGAGAGACAAAGAAAAAGAGAGAGAAAUAUGGAUAGGGUGUUUUCAGUGGACGAUGACAUUGGCGACCACUUCUGGUCGACGCCGCCGACGGCGGACUUAGGCGUUGAUUCACCAACCACUGCCACCGCCGCCUCCUACUCAAAGAUGAUGAAUCGCAGCUCUUCCGAGUGGGCUUUUCAGCGCUUCCUCCAAGAAGCCACCGCCGCCGGUACCUCCACUUCAUCUCACCCUCAGCCACCUACAAUGACGGCGUCUUCAUCUUCAUCUUCGCACCAAAACGAUGUCGUGGAGAUCAAGGAUGAGAAUCUUUCUACUCCUAAUUUAAAUCCCAGUACGGCGUUGAACUCGAAGCCGGCGUCGUCGUUUGGCCUCACACCUCCACCGAAUAUUGCCGUUGAUUCUGAAGAGUAUCAAGCAUUCCUCAAAAGCCAACUCCAUUUGGCUUGCGCCGCCGUUGCUUUGACUCGCGGCAAGAGUUUAAACCCUCAGGAUUCAGGUUCUACAGCUCAUGACAAAGGAUCAGAGACUGCUAGUGCAGCUCAAUCAGGAUCGCACGUCUCCACUUUAGGAUCUAGUCAGGAAAUGGCAAAAAUUCAAGAUAAGGAUGCUGGUGGGCCAGUUGGAAUUCCCUCCUUGCCCCCGGUGCAAAAGAAACCUGUGGUGCAGGUGAGGUCAACAACCAGUGGUUCAUCUAGAGAGCAAUCUGAUGAUGAUGAAGCUGAAGGAGAAGCAGAAACAACUCAAGGCAUGGAUCCAGCUGAUGCAAAACGUGUAAGGAGAAUGCUUUCAAAUAGAGAAUCAGCCAGACGUUCAAGGAGAAGAAAGCAGGCCCAUCUGACAGAACUAGAGACACAGGUUUCUCAACUCAGAGUAGAAAACUCCUCUCUACUGAAACGUCUGACUGACAUAAGCCAGAAAUACAAUGAAGCAGCGGUUGAUAAUCGAGUCUUGAAAGCAGAUGUUGAGACAUUAAGAGCGAAGGUGAAGAUGGCUGAAGAAACUGUUAAAAGAGUUACUGGGUUAAAUCCGUUAUUCCAAGCUAUGUCAGAGAUUUCCUCAAUGGUAAUGCCAUCCUACUCUGGUAGUCCUUCCGACACAUCAGCAGAUGCUGCUGUACCUGUGCAAGAUGAUCCGAAGCAUCACUACUACCAACAACCGCCAAAUAAUCAUAUGCCAACCAAUGAUCCUAGAAUCCAAAAUGGUAUGGUGGAUGUUCCUCCAAUAGAAAAUGUACAGCAGAAUCCUGCAACAGCAGCAGUUGGGGGGAACAAGAUGGGUAGAACAGCUUCAAUGCAGCGGGUUGCUAGCUUGGAACAUCUGCAGAAGCGCAUCCGUGGUGAAAUCAGUUCCUGUGGAACUCAAGGCCGUGGAGAGCAAUAAACACGGUUAAAGGCACCAGCUGCACCGAAGAUUUUGCACAGCAUGUUGAUAAAAUCAUACUGUUCUAUUAGCGCAUCCAAUUCCAACCGUGGCAGAAAAAUUGCCCAUUCUUUGUAUGACAAUGCCUUCUUUGAUGAUACUAAUGCAUUGGCAUCUCUUUCCGACUUUUCCAAGCAA